AUGGCCACGCUCUCAAAGCUGAUGCAUCCGUACUCUCUGCAUAUGCACGAGCGGCCGCUCACGCUCGUAAAGUUCAACUACGACGGCGAUUUCUUCCUCACCUGCGGGAAAGAUGGCGAAGUAAAUCUGAUACGAACUGAAACCUGUGAACGACUUGGGACGUAUAGUCCACCCGGCGAGAAAGCUGGUGCGGUCUUUGCAGUAGACGUGACAAUGGACAGCACGUAUGUGGUCACGGCCAACGCAGACGGAAAGCUGUGCUUCUACACCUUCAAGGGCGAUUACGUCUCUGCCAUCAACCAUGGUGGUGUCUUGAAGUACGUUGAGUGGAAUCUGAAGCCUGGAGACCAAAACAUGGUCUGCACAUGCAAUGACAAGUUCAAGAGCCAGGCAGAAGGCCUGGUGCCAAACAGGAUCAUGGUCUGGCAGUUCGACCCUCCUCGUCGAAUACUUUCCAUUGAUGACCAGCUGCCCAUGAAGGCAACCAAGGUGAAGUGGGGAGCCUUUGAUGAGACGCUUGUGUCCAUUUUUGAGGAGGGGACCGUGAUAGUCUGGGACUCCUCAGAUGGGAGGCAGCUGCAGCUGAUCCAGGCACACCAGAUGGCAAUCACUAGCAUGAACUUCACGGAAGAUAGAAUGAUCAUGGCUACCUGCUCCAAGGAUGGUACAGCGAAGCUUUGGACAAUGGAUGACUAUGAGUGCAUCAAAGAGUACAAGACGGACAGACCCCUGAACGACGUCGCCAUCUCGCCCCUGUAUGCGUCAGAGAACAACUGCAAGAUGCACUUGCUCAUGGGUGGUGGCCAGGAUGCCAAGGAUGUCGCAGUCUCUGGGGCCAGCGGUGCUUUCGAGGCUUUGCUGUGGCACAUGGUCUUCGAGGAGGAAAUUGGAUCUGUGAAGGGACACAUAGGUCCGCUGAACACCUUGGCAUGGUUUCGAGACGGUGCUGGUUUCGUGACCGGUGGGGAGGCCUGCAUGACGGCGAAGCAUUUGCAAGACGAGGGCUUGCAGGUGGAGUUGGACGUGCCUAAGGCAGUCCUCACUGAUAUGGAGGGGAACCUGGAGCUGAAGAGUGCAUCAUCCGUGGCUCAAGCGAAGAUGCAGGAAGUGGAGGUCAAGAUUCCCUGCAAGCUUGGCUAUGAGCUUUUCGUACCACGUGGGUGCGUCCUUCGCAACACAUUGUACGUCAUCUCAAUAGCCGCCUUCUGCGGACCGCAUACAAAGACAAGGAUGAAUGCUGCACAAGCAGUGGGCAAGGUGUCCAACAUGCAGGUGUACCUCAACCGUGGAGUCCAGGGCCUGGUGCUUGCCCUGGCGUUGUGGUGUACUUACUGCACUGUUGCAGGGGAGGUGCAGGGAGUUACGGAUCGACCCUGGUUCCUGCGCUUCCUCUUCUACUGGAUCAUCUUGUAUCAGAUCAUUCCUGUCAGUCUCUAUGUCUGCUUUGAGAUUAUCAAGCUCGCCCUGGCUUUCCAAAUCAACAAAGAUCCUAGCAUGGUUGACCUCAGGACUCAACAGCCUGCUGCUGCAAGAACGGCAGACCUGGUCGAAGAGAUGGGUCAGGUGAAUUUCGUGUUUUCUGAUAAAACGGGAACGCUUACAGAGAACGAGAUGGUCUUCGCACAUUGUUGCGUUGGUGGCAGAGAUCUUGGGGACUUUCGAAAAGGUGGAAAACUGGAUAUACAAGAGGAGGCAGUUGGUGUCGCGGAAUCAAAGCGAGUUCUUGCAGACCCUGCCGAUCCACUGCACUCCCAGGCGCUCUGGUUCUUCCUCAAUCUCGCUACAAACCACUCAGUCCAGGUUGAGACUGCCGCGAAUGGAAAGAAAAUCUUUGAAGGCAGUUCUGCUGACGAGGUAGCCUUCGUGGAUGCUGCAAAUGCGGUCGGUGUGACGUUCACCUCUCGCACGAGGGUAGCUGGAACCAGCCAUACAGAAGUCGUCGUAAAAGGACCUGGACCUCAGGAGUUCACCUUCACAACAGUUUGCGAGAUACCCUUCUCUUCGGAUCGCAAACGCAUGAGCGUGAUUGUGAAGCAUGUUGGUGAAUACUGGUGCAUGUGUAAAGGGGCCGACAACAUCAUGGGGCCGCUAUGUUCCCGUCCGCUGGACGGCUCACUUGGUGAGAGCCUGACGGAGUACUCCAAGCUGGGCCUCCGAACUCUUGUGAUUGCUGCGAAGAAGAUGGACCUUAGUUUCACUGAAGACUGGCUCAGCCGUUGGAAAGACGCCAGCCUGGACUCGGAGGACCGGGAGAAGAAGCUGAGUGAGCUCGCAGCAGAGGUGGAGCAUUCUCUCGAGCCGGCUGGAAUUACAGCGAUUGAGGACAAGCUGCAAGAUGGGGUGCCCGAGGCCAUUGUCUCCAUCAAGGCAGCAUCAAUCCGCUUCUGGGUUCUCACUGGCGACAAGACAGAAACAGCUGUGGAGAUAGCGAAGUCCUGCCGGUUAUUCACAUCAAACAUGACUCUAGCCUAUCUGGUAAACUGCAGCAGCGAGCAACAGGCCUUGAGCUUGCUGGAGGAAGCCAAGACGAAGUUACAAGACAUUCCGGACGGAGGACUUGUUAUUGAUGGUACAUUUGUUCAGCAGGUUCUAAGUUCCACCGGCGGGCGGCCGGUCCUGUACGAGCUUGCGAUGGCCAGCACUUGCUGUGUCUGCUGCCGCCUGUCUCCGCAGCAAAAGCGAAGAUUGGUGGAGUUAGUGAAGGACAUGAACAGGACGGGGAUCACUCUGGCAGUCGGCGACGGUGCAAACGAUGUGCCCAUGAUUCAGGGUGCUCAUGUUGGCAUAGGCAUUCGUGGCAAGGAGGGCAAUCAGGCCGUUCAGGCCAGCGAUGUUGCGAUAUCACAAUUUCGCUUCCUCGUUCCACUGCUUUACUGUCACGGAAGGCGCGCCUACCGGCGUGUGGCUACAUUCAUAUGCUACAUGUUUUACAAGCACACUACGCUGGCCGUCGGCGAUAUUUUCUAUGCGCAUCAAAUUGGGUUUGUCCCUCAAAUCGCCUACGCCGAGUGGCUGAACUCAGCGUUUGCUUCCGUUAUUUGUGGCUUGCCGGUGCUGGUGGUGGUCAGUUUGGAUACUGAUGUACCAGAUGAGGUCGCUGUCGCAUCUCCGGAGCUUUACGUUGAAGGUCUGCAGCGAAUGCGCUUCAACGCCCCAUUGCUGGUGGCGUGGGUGCUGAGUGCGUUCUACCAUGGUGGAGUAUCCUGGCUCGUUCCGAACCUGACGGUUGGCUCUAUCGACGAGGAGGAUGGAAACCCCUUCUGGUAUUCAUCGUGCAUUUCCUUCUGCUUGGUUGUGAUUUUCGUCAACUUUCGGUUGUGGAUGGUCGCGGAAAGUCCUUUCUCCAAAGAGACUGUUGGAAUCAUAUUCUUCUCGUUCCUGUGUUUGGCAGUUACGUUGGCCGUACUGGCUGAGACGCCUCUGGGCACGGACAUGAUGCAACCGAAAAUUGCAGGAGCCAUGAGUGCAAUGUUCACAGAAGCCCGCUAUGCCGCGGCUCUUUUUCUUACGCCGCUUCUGCUGCUCAUAGACCUGGCUGUUUACCAAGCAAUCGCUUACUUCAAGCCGUACCCGUUGACGGCUGCCAAGAGGAAGCUUUGGUGGAGCCAGAAGAAGAAAAAGGACAUGCCCGACAAGAGCUAG